AUGGCACCCACACAGCAGGCUGCGUGGAGAAAAGCUCCUACUGCAGAGGAAAUUGCCAAUCGUCAGACUGUUGGCAUUAACAAGGAAACCGUCACAAACAUCACCUCGACUGAUUACCCAGGCCAUCACCCUGGCGAAGAUCUCGCAUUCACGCUCGAUCGUUUCCGCGAUGCGUUUUCUGUAAAUUUUCACCAGAACGAACAGUUCCUCGCCUCUUUCUCUCUUGUUGGAAUUGACGCUUCGCUCGCAAACGCUUUUCGACGUAUUCUACUUUCCGAGAUCCCCACCCUCGCUAUCGAGAACGUUUAUAUCGAAAAUAACACCUCUGUCAUUCAAGACGAGGUUCUCGCCCAUCGUCUUGGACUUAUCCCAUUCAAGGGUGGUCGUGAAGGUCUGCACAACUUCCUCAAGUGGCACAAGAAGCCAGAGGCUGGCGAGGAUCCUUAUGCCGGCUGCUUUGACUGGAACACGGUCCGCCUCGAGCUUAACGUGACAUGCACCGUCAAUGAGGACGCUUCGCCCGCUGAGAACGACCCUCUCAAAGCUUAUCAUAACGCCCACGUUUAUGCGCGCGACAUCGUCUUCGUUCCUACUGGCAAGCAGGUCGAGUACUUCAGCGGCGAGGACGCCAUUGUGCCCACGAACCCAGACAUCUUGAUUGCCAAGCUGCGACCCCGACAGACCAUUAAUCUCGCCAUGCAUAUGCACAAGGGAAUUGGAUCCGAUCACGCCAAGUUCUCUCCUGUCGCAACAGCCUCGUACCGUCUGCUACCUACCAUUACCAUUACCAAGCCUAUCUUGGGCGCUGAUGCCGAAAAAUUUGCCAAGUGCUUCCCCAAGGGUGUCAUUGGCCUCGAGAAGGUUACGGCUGAGGAAGCUGCUCAGGCUGGUAGCGGUUAUGAGGGCCAGGAGGGCGAGACUAAGGCCGUGGUUGUUGAUGCGAUGAAGGACACUGUCAGCCGAGAGGCUCUACGACACAAGGAGUUUGAGGGCAAGGUCAAGCUUGGCCGAAGGCGAGAUCAUUUCAUCUUCUCCAUCGAGAGCACAGGGCAAUGGGAUAGCGAUGAGCUUUUUCUCGAGUCAGUUAAGCACCUCAAGCUCAAGUGCAAGAAGCUUGAGCAGCAAGUUAUCAACAUGGCGAGGUAG